AGCGCGCCUGGGUGCAGCACUUCUUGCAGUGUGCUCCGGGGCUCCACCCACACCGUGUGUGACGGAUUACAGCUUUUUGAACUCUUCUGUGCCCACUGAAGGUACGUGUGUCCUCGAGGAGAAGCUAUCCUGCCUGUGAAACAUGACAUAGUUAAGUUCUCUGCUCGGCUGGACUGGACCGGACCGGAGGCCAAUGCGUCACUUCACCGACUUCUAUGAAUUGGUAUACCGUGAAGAGAGGACAUUAUGUCAACAUCCGCGGAGAUAAGUGAUUAACCGAGAGCCGGUCACGUGUCCGACGCUGUCCGCGAGGAGAAGGGCCGCCGUGGAGGUUCCCAGUCCUGUGUGGGAUGUUAACGGACUGGAGGCGCGUUGAUGCUGAAGGAGCAUGGUGAAACACCAACCCUUGCAGGUCUAUGAGAAACAGGUCUUUGUGUCCUUUGUCACUGGGAUCUAUGGUUGCCGCUGGAAACGCUACCAGCGUUCCCAAGACGACAGCUCCAGGUGGGAGUGUACAUGGUUUGUCAUCUUGUGCAGUUCCUUCCUCCUUCUCCUCUUUUGGGCCUACUUCUGGUUGGUGGCUCAAAAUGAUUUCAAUGAGUUCAACUGGUCUGUAUACAACCGCUCCGGAGAAUGGAAGGACGAGACAAUCCCCAUCCUCGCAUCCACCACCGUGGGAUUCAGCUACAUCACAUUCUUACUGAUUUUAGCACUUUUCCAUAUAUCCUUGGGCCAGCAGCUGAACCUUUACUGGGUUCACAAGAUUGGAGUGUUGGCUAUGCUGCUCACCACCAUCUCCGGCGUCAUAUCCGUCGAUGACAUAUGGGGAGAUGAGUGGGAGAUCAUUCUGGUUUCACUACAGUCCACCGCACCCUUCCUGCACAUUGGAGCCCUGGUGACAGUCACAGCCAUCAGCUGGUUGGUAGCUGGAUAUGUGGUCCGCAGAGAGAGAUCCAAUUUUCAGGUGAUGAUGUUACUGAUCUACAUGGUCGUCCUCCUGACUGUGUAUUUGGCACCGCUCACAUUCACCUGCCCCUGCAUCAUGGACCGCCACAGCCUCCGACUGCGACCAGACGUCAUCGGUCGGCGAGGAGCUCCGAUGGUGGCCCCAGAAAACACCAUGGUGUCCUUUAACAGAGCCCUGCAGUAUGGAGCCAGCUCCUUGGAGGCAGACGUCACAAUCAGUGUGGACGGUGUUCCCUUUCUUAUGCGAGACCGCACAUUGAAGCGAACAACAGACGUCAGUAAGGUCUUUCCAGCCAGACAGUAUGAUGAUGCCUCUUUCUUCAACUGGACUGAGAUUCGCUCUCUAAACGCAGGCCAGUGGUUUUUGGAGAGUGACCCGUACUGGACAGUAGAAACCCUCACAGCGAGGGAUCGCGGCAGAAUGGGUAACCAGACAGUCUGCAGUCUGGUGGAAUUGCUGCGUCUGGCAGCCAAGGCCAACAGCUCCGCACUGCUCAAGGUCCGCAGGCCUCCGCCAGAGCACCCGCGCUACCGGACCUGGUUCAUGGACGCACUGUGGGCAGUGCAGAAAGCAGGGAUCACCCAGAAGAGGGUGAGGACUGUGACGUGGACCCCCGACACUGACAGGGGGAGGGUGCGAGGUCUCCAGCAGACCGCAAAUGAGAAGCUGUCCGUGGAAGAGAUGAGGCAGAGGGGACUAACGAGCCUGACCCUCCACUAUAGCAAGGCCAGCACCAAAGACAUACAGGAGUAUCUGGCCAAUAAUGUCAGUGUGACUGUGUACCCAGUGAAUGAGCCUUGGCUCUACUCCAUCCUGUGGUGUAGCGGGGUGCCUUCUGUGUCCUCCGAUGCCCCCCAAGUCCUCCGAAAGGUGCCUUACCCCAUCUGGCUCAUGAGUCGGAACGCUUACCGCUUCAUCUGGAUCACUUCAGAUCUGGUGUCCAUUGCCGUAGUCAUCGGGAUUUUUGGUUUUCAAAACUAUCAUAUGAUCAGGUGGAGGAUGAGAGGAAUGCAGAACUAUAACCCAGAGCAGAUCAUGCUGAGCGCCGUGACGCGUCGUUCCAGUCGAGACGUCAACAUCAUGAAGGAAAAGCUCAUAAUCUCAGAACCCCACAAUGGGCUCAGCAGUACAGAGGAGCUGUGUCUGUACCCUGAGAACGGUUAUGCCACAUACUCUCAUGGAGAGCUCAGUCACUGAACCAAACACACGACAGCUGGACCUCUGAUCUCAGAGCUUUGCUGACUGGAUAAUAUUUUGUCAUUGGAAGGAAGAAGGAUCACAGAUGGUGGAACCAAUCUGUUAGUCAACUUAGAUCAGGAGUUAUGACCGCGUUGAUACCAAUUUGUAUCUAAAGUAUUUGCCCUAUGAUACAUACGUUUAAAAAAAAAAACACAAUAUUCAUUUUCUAAUUUGCAAGUUUCAUGUAAUACAUAUAUAUGUGUGAUAUCAUUUUGUAUGUCUUUUUUUUCCCCUCAAGACUGCCAGAAUUUCCUUUUGAAAAUACUCACUUCAACAUUGUUGUAAAGAAUCAUUUUCUUGUUUUCAGUGUGGACAACAUGCCUGGUAUUUGUCCAUGUCGUUGUCUCUUCGGGGGUCAGCUGACCGAUGACCAAGUGUUUCAUAAUGAGUCAAAUGCCAUUUGCAAUAGAUCCUUUGUCAAAGUGAAACCAGAAUUCAUGUUUCUCAAAUUGUUGUCCAAAUCAAUUAUUAAUCAUGAAUAACUCAUUUUAAAAGAUGAUGUCAAAAUGUUUCCUGGAUACAUAUGUGUGGGGAGUUGGGGCAAAAUCCAUUUGAAGAUCACAGAAAGGAGAAUCCGUUCGCGUGAGUGACUUUUGAGCUAAUACUGGCUGUAAUGUUGCUCUAAAUUUUUUUCAUUUUUCACUGUUUUAUAACAGAGUUGUAGUGUUCUUUAUUAUAAGCUGAUGUAAAUAUGAGUUGUUUUUAUUCUCUUUUUCAAUGCUUUGGACAGCAAUUGUGUACUUUCUGUUUUCAUUUAUUACCACUGUGACUGAUAAGGGAGGGGGUUGGAGGUAUUGAGAGCAUUGUGAUAAAUGUUUUUUUUCUGUCA